AUGGCUACUAGAACUCAGUUUGAAAAUUCUAAUGAAAUUGGUGUCUUUUCUAAAUUAACCAACACAUAUUGUUUAGUGGCAGUUGGUGGUUCAGAAAAUUUCUAUUCUGCCUUUGAAGCUGAAUUGGGUGAUGCUAUUCCAAUUGCCCAUACCACUAUUGCAGGCACUCGUAUAAUUGGGCGUAUGACCGCAGGUAAUCGUAGAGGUCUUUUAGUCCCCACACAGACUACUGAUCAAGAACUACAACAUUUAAGAAACAGUUUGCCAGAUGAAGUCAAAAUCCAAAGAGUGGAGGAGAGGUUGUCUGCACUAGGUAAUGUUAUUUGUUGUAAUGAUUAUGUCGCAUUAGUUCAUCCAGAUAUUGAUAGAGAAACUGAAGAACUUAUAAGUGAUGUCCUUGGUGUUGAAGUGUUUCGUCAAACCAUCUCUGGUAAUAUCCUUGUCGGUUCCUAUUGUGCCCUAAGUAAUCAAGGUGCCUUAGUUCAUCCACAAACUUCUAUUCAAGAUCAAGAAGAACUAUCCUCUUUAUUACAGGUUCCUUUGGUGGCUGGUACAGUUAAUCGUGGUAGCUCUGUGGUUGGUGCUGGGAUGGUAGUAAAUGAUUAUUUGGCAGUCACUGGGUUAGAUACUACAGCUCCUGAGCUAUCUGUUAUUGAAAGUAUUUUCCGUCUACAGGAUGCUCAUCCAGAAUCUAUAUCAGGCAACUUACGUGACACUCUGAUUGAAACGUAUUCCUAA